GCUUCACCCAUCCCCGCUCCAUGACUCAUCGGUUAAAACAGGAUACCACGUAAUUGUUGUAAAAGGUUUAAAGGACUAAGAGAAUUUCAAAUCUAUAGCUUAAUUCAACCUAACGGCAAGUCAUAGAACAUCGUGCCAAGAUGCUAACAUACGUGGUAAUCGUUUUUUUCUUAGGCUCAUAUUCAACAAUUGCAGACACUGUGGAUGCCCCCACCCCCGGCCCUUGCUGUACACCGACGCAGUGGUCUGGCACUCUGCGUCUUAUCAGUAGCUCAGUCAGUGGCGGGAGACUUUCGACAACGAACCAGACCAUGCAGUACUACUAUGAUUACGAAAAUAUGAAAGUAGCAACGGUGGGAGAAGGUUUCAGAAUUGUUGAUGACUUCAACAAGAUGGUAAAAUAUUCCAUAUUUUACGGCACGUGUACAACCAGCAGUUUGUUGAAACCACUUCUGAACUGCGUACCAGCAAAUGUCUCUUUUGUUGGUUCAUUCCAAUAUGGCGGCCCGCAGGGAUUUCAAGUAAACGAGUAUUUUGACGGCGCUUUCGGACCUAACACCACGAGGAGGAAUGCUUACACAACUGAUAGCUGUAUUCCAGUUCGGGAGAUCUUAGUUAGCACAGGACAAGCUCCGGUAGUCGUCUCCGAGGAGUUUGUCGACAUUGUUCCAUCUAUUGAGGACCCUUCCGUGUUCGAUAUACCCAGUCCACCCUGCCCAAAUGUCACAGAUGUAGACAGUGCUGCGGAAAGUUCGACCACAGAAACGACAACUGGUCAAGGAACAUUCGAAGACCAAACCGGGACAUACUCAACAACUACAGACCCUCUGGAUGACUCCACACCAGGCCCGUGUUGCGCACCGAAGCAGUGGUCUGGCACCAUGCGUAUUACCAGUAGCUCCGUUAUUGACGGGAAACUUACGACAACGAACCAGACCAUGCAGUACUACUAUGAUUACAACAAUAUGAAAGUAGCAUCGGUGGGAGAGGACUUCAGAAUUGUUGAAGACUACAACAAGAUGGUGCAAUAUUCCAUGUUUACAAGCACGUGUACAACCAGCAACUUGACCCAGCCUUUGCUGAACUGUGUACCAGCAAAGGCCGCUUUUGUCGGUUCUUACCAAUAUGGCGGACCACAGGGAUUUUAUGUAAACGAGUACUUUGACGACACAUUCGGACCUAACACCACAAGGAGGAAUUCUUACACCGCUGACGGCUGUAUUGCAGUUCUGGAGACCUUAGUAGCUACAGGACCAGCUCCUUUGGUUGUCACUAUUGAAUUCGUGGACAUUGUCCCGUCUAUUGAGGACCCUUCAGUGUUUGAUAUAACCAGUCCACCGUGCCCAACUGUAAGCUCAGGACAUGUCAAUACGGCGAUGAUCCAUCUCUGCUUAGUGGUCCUGCUCUGCCUUGUCUGGACAGUUUUAGAGCGAAGUCCAUUGCUACCUUAUACAGGCUUUUCUUUGACGUCAUACUUAUUAUAAUUUGAAUCCUCCGACGUCCAUGUCGGCGGGUAAUUGAAUUUUAAAGCAGGAUCAUCUUCGUGUGUUUUACAGACGUACGCUGUAAUCCAACAUGGCGCAGGUGACGUCAAAUGAAAAGCCUGUAUAGCUUACAGCAUUCCUAAAUACCUUCUAAUUUUUGUACCAAUAUCUUAUGGUAAAAUUACAAACUAAAGUUGAUUAAUCUACCAAAAGUAACGCUAACAACUGCACAAUAGUCCGAAUCUCUAGCAAUUAGCUGAAUAUGCCUGUUAGAAUUAUUCAACUGCAUAUAGCAUUAUCCAUAAAUUGAAUAAUAUAUAAGCAGUAGAAUAUACGAGAGAGUAGCACCUAAAUGCAUCAAAUUAUCAAUGUAUAGGUUCCUCGUUUGAUAGUUAGAUUUAGACCAUGUUGGUUUUACUAUAUGGAUGAAAUUUCACAUAUGAAACAAUUUCGGCUGCUACCCUCGGAACAAUUAAUGAUAAAAAAAGUUAAAGUACAUAUGAAAAUGUUAGAUACCGUAGAUUGUAAGACAAUACCGGAAGACAUAUGCUAAUGUCAUAGAAGGCCAUGGUUAACCCUCAUCCGACCGUAUGGGGUCAUUUUUGACCCCAGGCCUAUAUUUUUAUCUGUCAUAGCAACAUUUUUCA